AUUUCUUUGGAGUUCUUCUAAUGGCCGUGACCGAAGCAAAGCGUAGAGACGGUCCGGGCUUCUCCGCGCUGCCCGAGGGGUGCAUCGCCAGCGUCGUCUCCUUCACGAGCCCCUCCGACGCGUGCAGGCUCGCAUCCGUCUCGCCGGUUUUCAAGUCAGCGUGCGAUUCUGACGCGGUCUGGGCGUCGUUCUUGCCACCGGACUGGCACCCGAUGGUCUCCCGGUGCGCUUCGUCGCUGAAGGAGCUCUACUUCAGCCUCUGCGACGACCCGGUUCUCGUCAACGACGGCAAAUUGAGCUUUUCGCUGGACAGGCACAGCGGGAAGAAAUGUAUCAUGCUAUCUGCGAGGGCCCUGUCUAUAACAGGGGGUGAUACUCGAAGUAACUGGUCCUGGAAUCACAUGCCCAACUCCAGGUUUGCAGAAGUUGCUGAACUCAUGGAAGCAUAUCGGCUCGAAAUCAGAGGCACGAUUAGUCCUCGCAUGCUGUCGACCAGAACCCUUUAUGCAGCGUAUUUGGUAUUCAAACUCAGCUGUUAG